GUCGCCGGCAAGAGUUGCUCAUCGAGUAGUAGGUUGAAGAACAGCAGUUCAUGCAGGCAUUUGCAGACCCGCUGCUGAUCAUUAGAAGAUCAGAGACCAAUGUUGUAGGGAGCAUGGCGAAAUAGCCACAAUAGUCUUAAGUGUAACAAAGCAACAAUGGCUUUUAAAACUGGCGCCGAAAGGCUGCGUGGCUUGGAGGAGAAAGCUGCGGCUGCGCCAUGCAAAUGUAACAAGCCGUGCAGUAACUGCAGGAUCUUUCUGGGAUUCUUUGUGCUGUCCCUCUCUCUGCACCUGCUCACUUUACUCUUCUACUUGGAUCUCCGAUCGGAGGUGAAGCGGGAGCUUCUGCACAAAAGCAAAGAAGAGGCGGAGACUAGACGUGUGGCUGAACUACCAAGUGCACGUUCCCCUCAACUGGAUCUUUCAGACGAGCAACGCUCUUACUUUGAACGGGAGCUUGCUUUGUCUGAAAAUCACUCCUUUCAUCGAGAAGAGAGCCACAAAUUAAUUCAACGAAGCAAACGGAGUCAAAACAGAGAAGGAGAUGGAGGCUCCAGCCCUAAUCAAGGAAAACCCAAAAAAAAAGGCAAAAAACCAGGGCCUCCUGGUGCACCAGGCCCACCAGGGCCCCAGGGACCUCCUGGGCCUCAAGGACCUCCUGGAAUUCCAGGAAUUCCUGGGUUUCCUGGAAAUAAUGCAAUGGGACCUCCUGGACCUGCUGGUCCCCCUGGUCCACAAGGGCCACCAGGGCCUCAGGGACCUUCAGGUACUGUGGACAAAUCUUGGGCUAGAGAAAUGCAACCUGCUGUGGUGCAUCUACAAGGACAUGGAUCAGCAAUUCAAGUUAAGAAUGAUCUUUCAGGUGGCAUGCUCAAUGACUGGUCUCGGAUCUCUUUGAAUCCUCGAGUUUUCAAGCUGCACGGGCGCAGUGGGGAGCUGGAGGUGCUGGUGGAUGGCACGUAUUUCAUCUAUAGUCAGGUAGAAGUGUAUUAUAUCAACUUCACUGACUUUGCCAGUUAUGAGAUCGUGGUUGAUCAGAAGCCCUUUCUGCAGUGCACCCGCAGCAUUGAAACUGGAAAGACUAAUUUCAACACCUGCUACACAGCUGGCGUAUGUCUAUUGAAAGCAAAGCAGAAAAUUGCAAUCAAGAUGGUACAUCCUGACAUUUCCAUCAACAUGAGUCAGCAAACAACGUUUUUUGGGGCUAUCCGGCUAGGAGAGUCUCCAUCUUCCUAAAUAAACAAGAAGAUCAUAUUUCUACUUAAAUUGCAACAAACUGGCAGUCAACAAAGCUGCACUGAGUAAAUGCAACGGGCUUGGCUAAUUCCAUCAUUGCUAUUUCUAUUCAAGCCCUAUCUCCCGUUUUAACAGUUACAGAGCAGACAAACUUUCUUCUGCAAAAGUGUGUAUAUUUCUGGAGCACACAGAGCAGACACUUGCAGACAGAUAUACACAAUUGUUGAUAAAGGUGAUAAAGGUCAGGUCUAGCGAUUUGACAUACAUAUACAGUAUGUAUGCAUCACUGGAUACUAUUAGCAUUCUUGCUUUGUAUUUUCUCAUCAAGGUGCUAAAAUGUAUGAAGAGAGAUAAGAUCUAGAGGUGAAGUUCUGGUCUAAUCGCUGUAGUAUGAAUGAGAUGAAGACAGGUGGAUUCCCUGUCGAAAUUAUAUGUAGGACAUUGUGAUCUGUGUAGUGCACUUGCAGUGUAUGUAGACAAGGACUUCAUGCUUCUCUGUCUUUUGUAGCAUCUACUCUUUUCUUUAGUAAGAAUGCACAUGAUUAUCCCAUUUUGUUACUAGCUAAUUAAUAGAGCAUUCCCUUUCUUUAGGCAUUUAAGCAUGGACUAAAUACUAUACAACCAAAUCCAAGUGUAAUGACAAUGUUGUGCACCACUGCAGUGCUGGUCUCAUUUUCUCUAAAGAAAAAAAAAACCAGGAGCUGUCCUAGACAGUAAUCUGAACAAGAUCGAAACCUCAUGGUGUACGUCACCUUAGCCUUGCCUACAUUAUCAAAGACCUUUGUACAUUUUGUAAAUAUGUCUGUAUUGCUCUGUUUAGAUUCUUCUCCAACUGACCCAUGAUAACCGAGUGAUAAUUUUAGGCUGGUUUGUGUUGUUCCUUUUUUCUUUUCAUCAAUGGCUAAUAUUUUUGUUAGUGAUAAGAAUUUCUGAUGCCUUAAGGAAAUGCGCAUAAAAAUCCAUCAAACUGUAACUGUCUUUAUUAAGAUGACUGGUGCCUUUUGAAGUUUCUAUUUGUGUUCUUAAUUUCCCCUGUUAAAAAAAAAUAAAAGCAAAUACUUUUGUAAAGAGCAGUUUUUCUCUCAGAUGUGCAGGAAACAUGGACUUGAACAGAAAUGCAGAAUCCUCUUAACAUAAAAGGUUUCCUCACUUUAGGUGCACGAAUGGGACAAGUAAAUAAAAUGCAGAGGAAUUCACGGGCGCCUCUCUAGUAAAGCAUGACGUAGAUAUUAUAGCAGGAGAAUCCCAUCCACAGGACUUCUGCGUGCGCAGUUCUACAGUGUUUAUCACAAAGUAAGUGUUUUCCAUUAGCUGUGCCCACAAAUGGUAGUGUGAUUGAUUUGUUUAAUAUAGUUCCUGAUUAAUUCACAAAAUCUGUUAUUUGUUUUGAACAUUUCCCUCUGCCGCUGCUUUCACUGAUGCUUUGUGGUCACGCAAUGUGUGUGAAAGAAACUGGCAAGGAGCGGUCACUCUUUGUGACAUCACAUUAACAGCCUGUUCUGUUUGACACGAUACUCAGCGGGCUACGGCCCUCGAGGGAACACUUCUGGGGAGAGUUUCAGCAUAUAUGUCAGUCUAACGGAAAAUUACAGCAUUGACUUUUUAAUCUGUAUAUUCCAAGUUUGUUAACACAUAUUAGCUUUAGUAAUGUUUGCACAGUAACACUGAAGCUGUAGAAAGAGAAUGAAGUGCAUAAGGAACAUGGGCCAAGGACUAGCUCCAUGACUCUCACUUUGACAAGCAAGUAAUUAUUCUCACAAUUAUUUUUGUCUUAAUAAUCAUACCACACUGUAGAGCCACCUUCUCACAGACUCUCCUUUGUGCUUUAUAAACAGGUAAAUCUAAAAAAUGCCACCUUUUACACGCAAGUGCAGUAACUGAUCAAUAGAAAAAUGUGUUUACUGCGUGACUGUAUAUGCUAUCAGCUUUUGCUUGUCAGAUUUACAUCUGCUUCAUCAUGCUGUUGUUGUUUAAGGCAUAUUCUGUUGGCUUAAUUAGAUUUGUUGUUUUAAAAUCAUGAAUGUAUUUGAAAAGCAAGAAAUACAAAAGAUCAAGUCUCUCUAUUUGUAUGUUUUGGAAGUGGCUUCUUCAUGCUUUUUAAGAAAAAUGAGCAAAAUCACAUGUCAAUAGUACUGACAACCUGGUAAUUUUCUCCGUAAGAAGCAUAACAAUUUUUAUACUGUGUAACAUGCUAAACAUCACAAAACUCACAGAAGACACAUGAGUACUCCAGACACACGCCAUUCUUACAGUUCAAACUCAGCCUACAAUGUGCUGACUACACCUGCAAAAGAAGUAUUUUGUCACAAUCAGUAAUAAUAUUAAAAUCAUGACCAUUAUUAUGUGUUGGAAUUAAAGAAUCGAAUCUCCACCAUGCCAGUCAAUUUAGAUCUACUGUAUUUGUGUUGCUAUUUGUAGUUUCCAAAGUUGUUGUGUCUAGAUGGCCAUUCCUAAAACAGCUUGAUUUCUACUUGUAAGUGAAAAAGAUAGUUUAAACCUGUUUGGAGAAUGUAUACAUGGAUAGUUUACAUUAGCAACUUUUUCAGAUUGUGGGUUUUCUUUACAUUUUAGAAUGGUUAUGGUUUUGAUCUAAUUUAACCAAUUCUGUUUGUAAAUUUGGAAUAGUAUGUGCCCAAUACUGCAAAUUUAAAGAUCUGAUAUGAGGGUAGCAUAUUGCAUGGGAGCUGCCAGCUUCGAGUUGUAAAGUUGAAAAAAAAAUUUCUGCUGUUUCAAAAGAAACAUGCGUUAUCACAUUUCUAAAUUUGUUAUAUACAAGUUAAGUAAGUUAAUAUUUUUGUAACCCUGAGCACAUCCUUAUCUGCAUUUCUAUGCACAUGUAUUUUUAUGACAAAUAAGGCAUUGAUUAUCUGGCUAAAGAAAUGUAUGCAUACCUUGGUCAAAUACUGGAAAAGUUAAAUAAUUCUCAAACAGUUAAUUUUCCCAACUGAAGCAAAGGAACUACACUUAGAAAUUUAGAAGCUUCAGUAAAAA